AUGUCCGACAUGGAUCGCGAGUGGAAGCCGAAGGCCCGGCCUCAGUCGACUAUGGCGCAAGCCUUCUCGUCCGCAUUGGACAGCGCCUUUAUGCUUGACUCUGACGUCAACGACCUUUCGCAAACCAUCGACCAGAAGAAGCAGCAGGUGUUGAUCCAGAACCGCGAAUUGGAAGAGCUACAGAAGCGCAUCCGCGAGGCCGAGAGACGCCUCCAGUCCCGGACUACCGGUGCCAACACCUCAUCCCAACCACGUGGACAAGGCCAGUCAGUUGCUUCCCAGGGAUCCAACGAGCAGUCGGGUCAGUCUAAGCAGGGGAACAACUGA